CCUCCGUGGAUUUUUAAUGGAAAAUGAUUUAUCUUGUGAAGUUAGGAGCUUCAGUUUGACUCUUCCUGGUUUUAACACUAAAGACAGGACCUGGAAGAGUUUUGGACUUUCCGCCCUGCAACAGAACCUCAUCAGAAACUCCUCAAACUGUUUUACCGUAUGAUGACACAGGUGGUUCUGUCCACCAUCACCUGUCAGGCAGAAGUCUCAGGUUAACGGAGUCAUCAGGUUCAGCUAAAAGAUCAAACAAGAUCAUCUGAGAAUAAAACACCAGAGCAAAAGAAACCAAAGAAGGAUUUUACUUGUUUUAUUGUUAGCCACUAGCUUGUUAUCCAAGAUGGCUGACCCCUACCAGAACAACGUAUACCAUCAGGGAGGAGGCGACAGCUACGGGACUUACGGGGAAGGAGGAGGCCAUGAUGGAUACGGUUACCAGGCCGACUAUCCAUCUCAGGAGGAGGACGCAGCGAGCGACGCGACAGAAGGGCACGAUGAAGAGGACCAGAUGUACGAAGGAGAGUACCAGGGGAUCCCACAUCCUGACGAGGUGAAGGCUGCUCAGAGAGCUGCACGAGCUAAAUCUCGAGCGGCCGGCAGCUCGGUGUCUGAGCUGGAGGAGCUAUCGGAGCAGUAUGAGUACAUCAUGGAGGACUGCGGACACGGGAGGUUCCAGUGGACGCUCUUCAUAGUCCUGGGUUUGGCUCUGAUGGCCGACAGCGUGGAGUGCUUCGUGGUUGCGUUUGUUCUGCCAUCGGCUGAAAAAGACCUGGGUCUGUCCAACGCAGAGAAAGGGAUGCUGGGUCUGGUGGUCUUCCUGAGCAUGAUGGUGGGGGCCUUUUUGUGGGGGGGUCUGGCUGAUAAAUUGGGCCGGCGUCGCUGUCUGAUCAUGGCGUUGGCCUUGAACUGCGUCUUUGCCUUCCUGUCAUCCUUCGCUCAGGGAUACGGCUUCUUCCUCUUCUUCAGACUGCUGUCGGGCAUUGGCAUCGGCGGCACGGUGCCCAUCGUCUACUCGUACUUCUCUGAGUUCCUCCAGAUGGACAAGAGAGGAGAACAUCUGUCCUGGCUCUGCAUGUUCUGGAUGAUCGGGGGGAUUUAUGCGUCCUUCACGGCCUGGGGGAUCAUCCCUCGAUACGGUUGGGGGUUCAGCAUGGGCACGGAGUUCCAGUUCCACAGCUGGAGGGUGUUUGUCAUUGUCGCAGCCCUUCCUGCCGUCGCCUCUCUGGUUGGACUCACCUUCAUGCCUGAGAGUCCUCGCUUCCUGUUGGAGAAUGCCAAACACGACGAGGCGUGGAUGAUCCUGAAGCAGGUCCACGACACCAACUGGAGAUUCAAAGGGCAGCCAGAAAAAGUCUUCACCGUGACCCACAUCAAGGUUCCGAAGACGGCUGAGGACGAGUUCAUCGAGAUUCAGAGCGCCACGGGAACGCCAGUGCAGCGGUGGGCCGUGCGCUCCUUCACCCUCUGUAAACUGGUUCUGAGAAACAUGGCGUCUCUGCUGUCUGUGGAGCUGAGGUUCGCCACGCUCUUCAUGGCCAUCAUCUGGUUCUGCAUGGCCUUCAGUUAUUAUGGUCUGUCAGUUUGGUUCCCCGACAUGAUCAAACAUCUGCAGUACGAAGAGUACGAGUCCAAGGUUAAGACGUUCCACCGAGAGCGAGUGGAGAACUUCCAUUUCAACUUCUCUCUGGAGAACCAGGUCCACAAGGAGGGAGAGUACAUUCGAGACAAGUUCGUCCGGAUCAAGAUGAAGUCUGUCAGGUUCCAGGACUCUUUGUUCGAAGACUGUCUCUUUGAGGACAUCUCGUCCACAGACACCGUGUUUGAGAACUGCACCAUCCGCUCCACCAUCUUCUACAACACAGACCUGUGGGAGGAGAAGUUCAUCGACUGCAGGAUGGAGAACACAACAUUUGAGCACAACAAACAUGGCCAACCGGACAUGGUGGAAGACAACGAUGUGCUCAUCUACCUGGUCAGCUUCCUGGGCAGCCUGGCGGUGUUACCAGGUAACAUCAUCUCAGCGCUCUUCGUGGAGAAGGUCGGCAGGGUUCGGAUCAUAGGUGGAUCCAUGCUCAUUUCUGCCGGCUGCAGCUUCUUCCUGUUCCUGAGUUUCAGCCAGUCGGCGAUCAUCGCUCUGCAGUGCUUGUUCUGCGGUGUCAGUGCAGCUGCGUGGAACGGCAUCGAGGUGGUGACCGUGGAGCUCUAUCCUGCUUCUAAGAGGGCGACGGCGUUCGGCGUGCUGAACGCUCUGUGUAAGUUGGCCGCCAUCCUGGGCAGCUCCAUCUUUGCCAGCUUUGUGGGCAUCACCAAGGCCAUCCCCAUCCUGCUGUCCUUCACAGCUCUGGUCUGCGGCGGCCUGGUGGCCCUCAAACUGCCUGACACGCGACAGAAAAUCCUCCAAUGA